UCUCAGGCUGUCUGUAGUAACGUGAACACCAACGCGAACGUCGUCAUGGCAGACUCCAGGUCCAGUCGCAACUGCGGUGACGCCGUCGUCGCCACAACGUCGAGGCGCGACCUCGAGGAUGUGAACGCUGCUUCCGUGACGGAAGACAACUCCCGACGUCGAGGCAAGCGACCCCGUUCAUCUUCGAGGUGCGUUCCGCAGUCUCCUCGUCGCAGCUCCUGCUCGUACCUUCUGCGGGGUUUCGGGUCUCCGUUCCUGGACUCGGCACCCGUGACAUUCCUGCGGCAGCUACCUAGUGCGUGCAUCUGCGCCGGCUGCCGGUCGAUCCACGCGACGUCGGCGGUGCUACCCUGCGGACACGCCUUGUGCGAACCGUGCCGAGAUGUCGCCUCUUCGUAUCAAGCGAAGCGACCUGCAUUCCAGGACCAGGAGACAAGGGAAGGGUCCCGCUAUGGCGCGUGUCCCGUCGACGGAGAACCGUUCUCCACCCUCGACUUCGAGCUGCUGGACUUCUCCCGUGUAGCAGUCUACAGGGAGACCGUGAUCUGCCCUAACGCGGAGUUUGGAUGCCGGUUUCGGGGUGAGCUGCGCUUCCUCGAAUACCACUGCCUCAACAGCUGCCGUUUCCGAAUUGCCGGCUCCAGCGGAAGGCGGGAAGGCCACGCCCGUGACGUCAUCCGUCAUGUACUGCGAGGAGCUUCUGGAGCGUAG